CGGGCGGGGGCAGCUGCAGCUGCCUUGGAAACCGCGGCGGCGACUGCGUUAUCCCUGGCUGGGCAGCCCAGCGCCAUUGGGUAGCCUAGACAGCUCAGUGGCUGAGGCGCCAUCCUUUCUCUGCAGGGCCUAAGAAACGACACAGCUAUUCCUGGCGCCGGAUCAGCCAUCCGCCCUUCAUCUUCGGAGUCCAGCCCAUCAAAGCCGAUUGCAAACUUGAAUUCUGUGUGGCUGAUUGCGGAACUGUCUAACCUAGAGGUUCAGAGGACCCGGAUCUGAGAAGCCUGUGGACAGAGAUCAACCCUACCCAGGACCAGAACUCUCACGGAAAGCACCUGUUGCAGAGGCUGCAUUAAAUAAAGUUCCUACCCAAACACGAGGGAGAUACUGCCCAGGAACGUUGCUGCUGAUUGCGCUGCUUUUGUUCCCAGAGAGCCCAAGCAUCUUGUAUUCAGAUAUCCAAUUGUCAGACAUGGCUAGCAUCCUUGCUCGGAUGGGUAACAGCCGAAGGCAGAAUUCGGCUUUUCUGCCUUUGGCCCAUUCCAUGCUGAGGGCCCUGGGGAGGAGUCUUGGUCCUUUGAUAGCCAACAUAGCAGAGAGAAACUUGAAGCUGUUCUCUGGGAGGGCAGAGCUGGCCCAGGGGGAAGAAACCUUUGAGAACUGGCUAAGCCAAGUCCAUGAGGUCCUGCCAGAAUGGCAUAUGCCUGAGGAGGAAAAGCUCAAACGCCUGAUGAGAACCCUUAGGGGCCCUGCCCGGGAGAUCAUGCGUUUGCUCCAGGCUUCCAAUCCCGAUCUAAAUGUGGCAGAUUUUUUGAGGGCAAUGAAGUUGGUGUUUGGGGAGUCUGAGAGCAGUGUAACAGCACAGGGUAAAUUUUUAAACACCCUGCAGGCACAUGGAGAGAAACCGUCCCUGUAUGUGAUCCGUUUAGAGGUGCAGCUGCAAAAUGCUAUUCAGGCAGGGGUCCUUGCUGAGAGAGACGCAAACAGGAUUCGACUGCACCAGCUCCUUGUAGGGGCUGAGCUGAGUAGGGACCUGCGCAUCAAGCUUAAGAGUCUUCUCCAAAUGCAUGCGCAUAAUGAGCAGGAAUGCCUUCCUGACUUCCUGGAGUUAAUCAGGAUUGUAAGGGAGGAAGAAGAACGGAAUGACCGUUUGCUUGCUCAUAAGCGGCCCAGAAGAUCUGAGUCAGUAAUGGAGAGGGCCACCAGCCCUGUCGUAUUUCAGGGCUCCCUGCCUAUAGUGAUAGGCGGUGCUGAUUGCAAUGUCAUAGAGAUAGAUGAUUCCCAGGAUGACUCAGAUGAAGACGUGAUCCUGGUGGAGUCUGUGCCUCCACUGUCCUCCUCCCUCAGAGGCAGAGACACUAUUCAGGAUCAAAUGCUAGCUAUUGAAUCCCCCAACUAUUUUGAUGAUGAGUCUCCUUCCACUAGCAGUGGUUCUGGGCAAAGGAAUAAUGGGCCUGGGGAUCUGCGGAGAAACAGAAAGCGAAAGUAUCCAAUCCGCUGCCCCCACUGUGGUGAAGAGGGCCACGCAAAAGAAACCUGUGACAACACCAGCAACAAGGCCCAGGUUUUUGAGAAUCUGAUAGUCACUCUGCAGGAGCUGACUCAUAUGGAGAGAUCAAAACCCUCUACACCAUUCUAAGGUGUGAGAUUCAGCCCCAGAUCAGUGUUUAACUCUCCUCAGAAACUUAUUCUGAAAGAAACAGGUAUGGGGUGGGCUUCGGAAGGAGUUAAUUCAAAACCAGUUUGCUUGGGGAAGGAAAAGCAGACUUGUAUACCAUGUAAUGGAGAGGGAUGGCCCCCCCAUCAUUCCUUGCUUAUUCAUUCCUCUGAUUGCUUAAUGGUUGUUUCCCUGUGUGUCUUUCUCUGGUGAUUUUAGUUUGUUCACAAAGUGGUAUCCUUUUGAACCUUCCAAGUGAAAAAAAAGAAAAAAAUUUAAAAAAUUUAAAAAAUUUAAAAAAAAGCAAAAGUACAUGUUACCUGAAAUUCUCACCCUGAUACAUUGUCAGCCCUUUGGUGAAUGUCUUAUGUAUUUCCCUGUACCUGUGUGCCUAGAUAUAAGUGUAUAGGUAAAAGUGAUCAAACAAGUAAGUGCUGUUGUAUAUGUAUUUUUUCAUCAAGCAGUAUAUAUUGUGGACUUCGAAAUAAAUGACUAUAUAAGCAUCGAA